ACAUUAACGCUAUUUUUUAUCUGCUGUCCAAUUGUUAUCGUUUCUUUAAGGAAAGGCGAAUCUAGUUUAACUAGAUUUUUCUUUCUCUAUCGUAGCUGUCAGGGGACAGUCUUAAAUGCGUGUGGUAACUGCUCAUUUCAAAUCAUCUGAGCCGGGUCGCGCGCGGCUGGGCGUGGCUCGAGCGGUGAUGGACAGGCUGUUUCUCAGGCUGUUUUCCGCGAGCUGCUUGAAAAGCCAUGUGUUGCGCUCGAGGUGCGUCAGACUACUGCACUGCCGCUUCUGCAACAUGUACCACAAGACGUCAAACAAGAAAAAACACCUCUGAAAUGAGGAUGGCCGUUUUGGCAAAUCACAAACUUUGGAGAUCCGUGGAUUAUUGCAAAUCGGUUCUUUUACAACUGGACAAGCAGCACAGAGUGACAGACAGACUCAUGACAUCUUAACUACUGUCUGGAGGUGUUUCUCAGUGAAGUGUGCGGCAAUGGAUUCGCUGUACAUCGCUAUUGAGCUGGUGAUCGCCGUGCUGUCCAUCUCCGGUAAUGUGCUGGUGUGCUGGGCUGUGGCCAUCAACUCCACUCUCAAGAACGCCACCAAUUACUUUCUGGUGUCACUAGCCGUGGCAGAUAUUCUGGUUGGCUGUCUUGCCAUCCCUUUUGCCAUCACUAUAAGCGUUGGUCUGCGCUCAGACUUCUAUGGAUGCCUUUUCCUGGCGUGUUUCGUUCUGGUACUGACUCAAAGUUCAAUAUUUAGUCUUCUGGCGGUUGCCAUCGACAGAUAUCUGGCUGUAAAAAUCCCCCUGAGGUAUAAGGAGCUUGUCACAGGGAAAAGGGCAAGAGAGAUCAUUGCCAUUUUAUGGAUCUUAUCCUUCAUCAUUGGACUCAUUCCAUUUGUGUGCUGGAACCGUAAAGACUUGGCCUGUUCCAGAAACAAAACCAACAAAACCAGCAAUAGCAGUGAUGCUGCUCAGAUGGAAACAGGCUUCUCGCAAAGCUGCCGCCUUGAGUGCUUAUUCGAGAACGUGGUGGACAUGAGCUACAUGGUGUACUUCAACUUCUUCGGUUGCGUGCUGCCGCCUCUGCUCAUCAUGCUGGGCAUUUACAUCAAGAUCUUCACAGUGGCACGUAAACAGCUACGUCAGAUCGAGCUCAAAUGCAGCGUGAGCAACGGUGAGAAUCACCACCACGGCCUGCUGCAGCGGGAGAUCCGAGCCGCCAAAUCCCUCUCCAUCAUCGUGGGCCUGUUCGCUCUCUGCUGGCUGCCCGUGCACAUCUUGAACUGCCUCACUCUGUUCUACAGCAAGCUGCAAAAGCCCAGCUUUAUCAUGAACAUCGCCAUCAUCCUCUCGCACACCAACUCCGCUGUCAAUCCCAUCAUCUACGCCUACCGCAUCCAGGAGUUCAGAGUCACUUUUAGGAAGAUUCUGAACCGCCAUUUCUUUUGUCAACGGGACGAGUUGUAUCGCAGCUCCAAUAGAAGCAGCAGUCACACAGACCAGAUUACAAUGACCAUCGACCCUCUACUUUAGAGGUCAUAGUCAAAAUAUAUGAGAGAAAUGUUUACAGACCAAAGAACUGCAAACAGCAUGAUCUUGUAUUAAGAUGAUGUCUAGCAGGGCUCACUAUUCAUGAAGCCAAUGUGGACUGGACACGAUGGAACAUCU